UUUUCCCCCUUUCUCUCCCUUAAAUUCCCCCAUUUCUUAAACCAAAUGCGAAAACCCUCAUUCAUUCUUCUCCAUUUCUCUCUCCCUCCUUGAAUUCUCCACGCCAUUGGAAUGGCGUCGCUGAGGAAGAGGACCCAGGCUCCGAAGCCAGCUAAUGACGCCAAGAUCGCUCCCAAAAAUGGGCCUAGAUCGAAGAAGCGACAAUCGGAGGAUUACAGCGACACGCAGUGCGAGAAAUGCGGGUCGGGCGAGUACCCGUCGGAGCUCCUGUUGUGCGAUGAAUGUGACCGUGGAUUCCACCUCUUCUGCCUCCGGCCGGUUCUGGUCGCCGUGCCCAGAGGCAGCUGGUUCUGCCCCUCUUGCUCCAAUCAACAAAAUCCUCCAAAUUUGACUCUUGUGCAAACCAAAAUAGUUGAUUUUUUCCGCAUACAAAGGUCUUCACGACCUGCCGAAAAGCUCAGUCAAGACUGUAAAAAAAAAAGAAGGCGAACUGGUGGCUUAGUGAUGUCAAAGAAGAGAAGGAAGUUAUUGCCUUUUACUCCAACGGAGGAUUCUGAUAGGAGAUUGGAACAGAUGGCAUCUUUAGCUACAGCCCUGAAUGCAACUGGGGCGGAAUUCAGCAAUGAGCUGACUUAUAUUCCGGGCAUGGCUCCAAGAUCAGCAAAUUGUGCUACUCUGGAAAGAGAUGGAAUGCAGGUUAUGUCAAAAGAUGACACAGAAACUCUGAAUCUCUGUAAGACUAUGAUGGAACGAGGUGAAUGGCCACCUCUUAUGGUUGUGUUUGAUCCACGCGAAGGAUUCACUGUGGAAGCAGAUAGAUGCAUUCGAGAUUUGACAAUAAUCACUGAGUAUAUUGGAGAUGUCGAUUUCCUGAAAAAUCGAGAGCAUGAUGAUGGUGAUAGCAUGAUGACUCUUCUCACUGCUGCUGACAUUUCUAAAAGUCUCGUUAUCUGUCCGGAUAAGCGAAGCAACAUUGCUCGGUUCAUCAAUGGAAUCAACAACCAUGUGCAGGGUGGGAAGAAGAAGCAAAAUGUGAAGUGUUUGAGGUUUGAUGUCAAUGGUGAGUGUCGUGUUCUUUUGAUUGCAAGCCGUGACAUCAGAAAAGGGGAGAGGCUAUACUACGACUACAAUGGAUAUGAAAAUGAGUAUCCUACGGAGCAUUUUGUCUGACCCCAUCGUGGUAUUUCUGUUACCACCUUUUGCCUUCUCCGGUCUAAAUUCCGGAUGCAUAACAGCUAAAAUUAUUUUGAAACGCGCUCACCUCCACGAAGGAGGCUCUGUAGCUGGUGCUGACAUAACCAUUUUGUAAUGUUUUUGUUAUAAUUUGGCACAAGCAUUCUUGACAUUAUCUAUUGCCAUUGAAAGAAGAUGAACAUAAUUUUUUCAUUUACAGGCAAUGAAAUUGUUGCAGAAACCACACUGCAUAUUUUUUGUUUA